AUGGCUGAUCUCCUCAAGGACCGGGAUGUGGGCAUGGAGGCUGACGACACUUCAGUUUUCUGUCGACGUUUCGACUCGCUCGCGGAUCUUCGCAUGGCUUUCGGCGAGUUUGUUAUCCCGAGCACUAGUGCCAAAGGAAUGGCCGAAGUCCCGGUCGAGGACGAGACGCAGAUCGACGAGCUUCUCAGCGCCGUGGCAGCGUUUCAAGCUGGUGACCUCCCGGACGUCCAAAUUGGCUUCGACGCCAACGAGGUCAGUCUUUCCAAGGUCAGCCAGUCCACCUCGAUGAGCACCAUCUCUGUGGAGACUCCGACGACGUCGGCCAUUUUCAAGAGGAACGUCAUCGUCGAAACCGCGAAGGGUCGGUAUCGGCUCCUCUCCGUGUACGUCAAGUCGUACAACACGGGGCGCGUCGAGAUGUCGGCCAGCGCCACAAAGACCACCAUGAUCUACGUGUGUGGGGUCGAGUGGGACACUUUCCAGUACUAG